ACCUGUCUGCCCUGAGCGAGAGUGAAAGGUACUGAGGGGAGAGCACAGCACACUUUCUGGACCCGGAGUUUGUUUGUACUUUUAGAGAAGUUACUCCCCCCGUACAUUUCCGCCGGGUUUUAAGGGAAAACCAACGAUAUCGUGAAGUAAGCAGCUGGAACCCAUCAGAUACUUGUAAGCGUGGAUGCGAGGCUCUGUUUGAAUGAACAUCAUGGACGGCUGAUUCGCACACUUCAUUGACCUUACAGAAUAUUUGCCAUGCUACAUGGGAAGACUCUGAACUCCACCUUGCUCUUCCUCCUCAUCCUCAUCUUCUUUGCCACAGCCCAUGGUCGCUCCUACCCUCGUUUCUCCCGUAAUGACACUGAGUUCCAGCACCUGGUGCUCCACCCGGACCCCACUGUGGGGACGGUGUACGUGGGGGCCAGGGACCACCUCUUCCAGCUGGACGGAUCGGACGGACUCCGGUUGGAGCAAGAGGAGGCAACUGGCCCAGUAAGCGACAGCAAAGAGUGCCUUCCCCCAGUCAACGAGUUCAACUGUCCCCAGGCCAGGAGAACCAGUAACCACAACAAACUACUCCUGGUGGAUCCCACGGCGUUGGAGUUGAUCACCUGCGGCAGCAUCCACCAGGGAACCUGCCAGAAACGCAACCUCAAGUCGAUCAAAGAGGUUGUCUUCUCCACUGAGAGGCCCGUGGAUACGCAGUAUGUCGCCGCCAAUGACCCAUUGGUUUCAACCGUGGGGCUGGUGGUGGGGCUUCGUGGCGGGGAAAGGACAGUGAUGUAUGUGGGGAGGGGCUAUACCGCCAGCCACCCGCCCAUCUCCACCCGCCACCUUUCAUCAGAACCCAUCUUUUCCUACGAGGAGACGGCUAAGCUGGCAGUCGCUGGACGUCUGUCGGAAUACGACCACCAUUUUGUGAUGUCUUUCACACGGCGCUCUUAUGUUUACUUUUUGUUUUACCGUCGUGACAUCAAGUCAGCAUCGAGGGAGUACCGGACGUAUGCUGCCAGAGUGUGCCUGGACGACACCUCCUAUUAUUCCUAUGUGGAAGUUCCUCUUGUCUGCCGAUCCCCCUCCUUCUCCAGGACUUACAACUUUCUCCAGGCUGCUCAGGUGGGACAAGGUGGAGACCAGGAAGGCGAGGAUCUGCUGGGAGUCUUCUCCACCCGCGCCGGCUCCACAAACAACAAUCCCCUGGAUGCCUCGGCUCUGUGCGUUUACCCACUGGAGGAGCUGGACAGACACAUCAACUCCACCCGCGACCUCUGCUACACCCAGGACGGCCGGGUGGAGGGGGAAGGAGAGGUGGCGUACAUAGAGUACGAGGUCAAGUCCAGCUGUGCCAACCUGCCCAUGAAUACCCUUAAGGCAUAUGCCUGUGGCUCCGACCACACCCCCAGUCCAAUGGCGAGCCGGGCACCCCUGGAAGCUGAAAUGGUGUGGGACACCUCGGCCGCCCGUCUCACUGCGGUGGCUGUGAGCGUCAGAGAGGGACACAGCAUCGCCUUCCUCGGAGACUCCAAAGGAACUAUGCACAAGGUAUAUCUGGGCCAAGAUGGCCGGGUGGAGGUAUAUGCAAACACGACGAUCCAGCCCAACUCCCCCAUUAAAAGUGACCUUUUAUUAGACCAGAAUGGAGCAUACAUCUACAUCAUGACCAAAACUACUGUAGAGAAGCGUCCAGUGGCAGAAUGUGGAGUCCACCUUGACUGUCAGUCGUGUCUGUCUGCCAAAGACCCCUAUUGUGGCUGGUGUGUCCUGGAGGGACGGUGUGGCCAGCGCUGGGAGUGCCAGCGAGGCUCCACGCAGGGCCAGUGGCUGUGGAGCUUCAACCAGAUGCAGCAGUGCCUCAAUAUCCAGCACCUCAGCCAGUACAACAUCAGCCGCGGGGAGAAAACGGAUAUCGCAGUAUCAGUCGAGGGCCUCCCCAGCCUGGGAAAAGGAGAGGCCUACUCUUGCUUCUUCCAGGACACAGAAGUUCCUGCCUCAGUCACUGACACUGGUGUCACAUGCCCCACCCCCGAUGCCAGCCGACUGCCCCCCAUUGGCCAUGGAGAUGAGUUUGUGAUGGUGACCCUGUCACUGCGCUUUACCAAUGUGACGGUGGCAGAAACCGAAUUCACUUUCUACAACUGCAGCUUGGUCCAACAGCUCUCCGGACGCAGACCAUGCCAAGGGUGUGUGAGCAGCCGCUGGGGGUGUAACUGGUGCAUCCACCAGCACAUCUGCACACACACACACACCUGCAGCCGAGGAGUCACCAUCUACAACCAGAAUUUCAAACCGCCCACACCCACCAUCCCACCACCCACCACUUUACCUCCCACCGUCCCGGCCACAACAACCACCACAACAACAACCGCACAAACAACAACAGAGCCACCACCUGCAGAGACACCCACUCCCACCACGGCAGCUGUCCUUACAACUUCCACUACAGUGACACCACCCACCACCCUUCAAGCUGAACCCACCUCCCCCCUUACGCUGGAAACAACCUCCCCCUUUGUCAGGGUCUUCAGCCAGGCCACCACCACACACACCUCCACCUCAGGAGGCUGGGGGGCGACGGAUGGAAGCACUGCAGGAGCUUUUUCAGAGGAUGCAGAGACUGAAACCUUGAAUAUCACUGAGAAAACUCCCCAAACUAUAUUACCCAGCAGCACUAGUGGUUAUGUAGACUCUAAUUUAGAGCCGACUGAGGAAGCGGUGUACUCUGAAGUGAGCUCCACCAGCUCCAGUGAUGUGGUCCCUCUCACAGAGCUGCAUCUCAGGGACCAUGCGGAGCGUGCAGAGAGUCAGACAGCUCCAUGGGAGAAGGAGGAGGAAGUGUCUGAGGCAGAUUCUGCUACAGGUUCCUCCAUUGCAGAGUCGAGCCCCAGAGAAAUGCCGCUCAUCGCCACACAAACAACCGACAUAUUUACUGAGUCCAACUCUGAAUCUGAAGAUAACUACCAAUCAGAUUCCUCCUCUGAUUCUUACUUCAGGGAGUGUCCGUGUGUGGAGAAGGUACAGGAUUCCUCUCUGCUCCCAGUCAACGUGGAGAGGAAGGUCACUCUGCUGGGACAACACCUCCACCUCUUCCAGGAUGAGAAUCUGGACUACGAGUGUGUGUUGGACAUUGAGAACCAGUCGGUGGUGGUGGAGGCCUCCGUGGAGCCGGAUGCUACAAACCCAUCAGUGUUCUCCAUCACCUGCCAACCCCACCAGUAUGCCUAUUCUGCCUUAUUGGAGGAAUACCCCGCCAUGAUCAACGUGAGGAGAAAAAACAACUUCCUCAUCGACAGCACUGAGGAUCUGUACGUGACCCUGUUUAAUUGUUCUGUGGGGCGGUCCGACUGCAGCCGGUGUAGAACAGCCGACCCGAAGUACGGCUGUGUGUGGUGCGGGGGGGGCGCCGGCUCUCACUGCGUGUUCCAGGACUCCUGCAGCGACGACGUCAAACACUCCUGCCCUGCACCCGUCAUUCACUUCUUGGACCCGGUGUCCGGUCCCAUAGAGGGGGGCACGGUUGUGACAAUUUCAGGCUCUAACCUGGGCCAGAGGGCUGAAGACAUCCAGAACUCGGUCACCGUGGCGGGGGUCCCCUGCAGCGUCAUCAGCAGCAGAUAUGAAGUCUCCUCCAGGAUAGUGUGUGAGACCACCAGCAGUGGAGGGGAGAAGAGCGGCCUGGCCUCGGUCAAAGUGAGGGGGGGGGGACUCGGACUCUCUGCUCAGAUCUUCAGAUUCCAGGAUCCUGUUUUGAGCAGCAUCUCCCCCCAGAGAGGCCCCAAAGCGGGGGGCUCCUCCUUCACCAUCAGGGGCCGGAGACUGAGGACGGGACACGCCAGGGAUGUCAAAGUCUUCAUCGGAGGGGUUCUAUGUGUAGAGCCGAACAUCCAGGAGGAUCACAUCAGCUGUCUGACCAAAGGCAGCAACAGAACCGGGGGACAUGGCAUCAUCGUGCGGUUCGGAGGCACGGAGCGCCACCUGCAGGGUCUGGUGUAUCACUACACCCCCAACCCCAACAUCUCCAUGGCUUCACCCUCUAAAAGCUUUCUCAGUGGAGGGCGUAUCAUCAGAGUCUCCGGGCAGAACCUGGAUGUGGUCCAGGAGCCCAAGAUGAGGGUGACCCUCAGUCCUCCUGACACCCUCCCCCCCAGGAGGAGAAGGAGCAUCAGAGGGAGGGGUGGAAGGAGUCUGAGCAGAGGACGGGAUCACCGGGGGAGCAUGAAGAGAUGGAGGAGGAUCGUCCCAGAGGCAGAGUGCCCCGAGGGAACGCUCUGUCACGUCAAACAGUAUGAGUCUGGCUGCACGGUGAACGGCUCCGCCCUCAUCCUGUGUCCGACUCCUGCCGUGGGCCCAGAGGCCCGGAGGGCCAGGGUCAAAGUCCAAUUCCUGUUGGACAGCCUCCAUUUUGACUUCAGCGCCGUCGGGGGCAAGGCCUUCAGCUACGAGCCCAACCCGAGGCUCUACCUGCUGAGCCAGAACGACCCCAGCAAGCCGUACCACCACAAACCGGGCAGCAUCAUCUCCGUGGAGGGAGAGAACCUGGAUCUGGCCAUCUACAAGCACGAGGUGGAGGCUCGGAUCGGGGCGGGGGUGUGUUCCGUGAAGACCCUGACCCACAACCACCUGUACUGUGAACCGCCGACUCAGCAGCCCUCACUCACUGCCGGGAAGAAGCAGGACAGCAUGGAGAGUCUGCCGGAGUUCACAGUGAGAAUGGGGAACCUGAACUUCUCUCUGGGCAGAGUGCAGUACGACAGCCAGGCCCAGUCCACGUUUCCUCUGGAGGCCCAGGUGGGGGUCGGGGUGGGGGCCUCCAUCGUGGCCCUCAUCGUUCUAAUUAUAGUCCUCAUAUACAGGAGGAAGAGCAAGCAGGCCAUGAGGGACUAUAAGAAGGUUCAGAUCCAACUGGAGAACCUGGAGACCAGUGUGAGGGACCGCUGUAAGAAGGAGUUCACAGACCUGAUGACGGAGAUGAUGGACAUGUCCAGUGAUCUGGUGGGCUCGGGGAUUCCCUUCCUGGACUACCGGGCAUACGCAGAGCGCAUCUUCUUCCCCGGCCACCAGGAGUCACCCCUGAGACGAGAUCUGGACGUCCCGGAGAGUCGGAGGCAGACGGUGGAGCAGGGGCUGGUGCAGCUGUCCAACCUGCUCAACAGCAAACUCUUCCUCACCAAGUUUAUUCACACUCUGGAGGUCCAGCGGACGUUCUCCCCCAGGGACCGGGCCUACGUGGCCUCUCUGCUGACGGUGGCCCUGCACGGUAAACUGGAGUACUUCACUGACAUCCUGAAGACGCUGCUCAACGAUCUGGUGGAACAGUAUGUGGCCAAGAACCCCAAACUGAUGCUCAGGAGAACGGAAUCUGUGGUGGAGAAGCUUUUGACAAACUGGAUGUCCAUCUGCCUCUUUACCUUUCUGAGGGAAUCAGCAGGGGAGUCCUUCUACAUGCUGUUCAGAGCCAUAAAGCACCAGGUGGACAAGGGCCCUGUGGACGCUGUGACGGGGAAAGCAAAGUACACACUGAACGACAACAGGCUGCUGCGAGAGGACGUGGAGUACAAAACGCUGACCCUGAAUGUUGUGAUGCCUGCUGCAGCCUCCACCGGGGGGGGCUACCACUCAGACGGACCUGCCAAAGUCUUAGACUGUGACACCAUCACGCAAGUGAAGGAGAAACUUCUGGAACAAGCCUGGAAGGGAACCUCCUUUUCCCAGAGGCCACACAUCGACUCAUUACACCUGGAGUGGCGUUCAGGUGUUGCAGGUCACCUGAUCCUCUCAGACGAGGACCUGACGUCAGUAGUACAAGGCUUAUGGAAGCGCCUGAAUACACUGCAGCACUAUAAGGUUCCUGACGGAGCAACGGUGGCCCUCGUCACCAGGAACACCAAAAACCAUGUCCAUGACAGCCAUGAUUACAUGCCUGGAGAAAAGACCCCCAUGCUGGAUGACAUGGAGGAGGGGGGGGUGAGGCUGUGGCACCUGGUGAAAGCCAGCGAGGAGUCUGAGCUGCCCAAACACAGGAGAGGGAGUGAGAGGGGGGGGGAGAGGGCCAAGGCCAUCCCCGAGAUCUACCUCACCCGCCUGCUCUCCAUGAAGGGCACGCUGCAGAAGUUUGUGGAUGAUCUGUUCACGGCGAUCCUCAGCACCAGCCGCCCCGUUCCUCUGGCGGUCAAAUACUUCUUCGACCUGCUAGAUGAUCAGGCUCUGAAGCACGGCAUCACCGACCCCGAGACCAUCCAUAUCUGGAAAACCAACAGUUUACCGCUGCGGUUCUGGAUCAACAUCCUGAAGAACCCGCAGUUCAUCUUCGACGUGCAGACCUCGGACCACGUGGACGCCGUGCUGUCCGUCAUCGCUCAGACCUUCAUGGACUCCUGCACCAUCGCCGACCACAAGCUGGGACGGGACUCGCCCAUCAACAAGUUGCUGUACGCCAGAGACAUCCCGCGCUACAAGCAGAUGGUGGAGAGGUACUACGCAGACAUCCGUCAGACCAUCUCGGCCAGCGACCAGGAGAUGAACUCCGCUCUGGCUGAACUCUCUCGUAACUACACAGCAGAGGUCAACUGCCUCGUGGCUUUACAUGAGCUGUACAAGUACAUCAACAAAUACUACGAUCAAAUCAUCACAGCCCUGGAGGAGGACUGCACCGCCCAGAAGAUGCAGCUGGGUUACCGGCUGCAACAGAUCGCUGCCGCCGUGGAAAACAAAGUCACUGACCUAUGACCCAACGGACUGGAUACAUUUCUCCUCUAAAAUAAAAGACAAUAAUGGGAGCAGCUUCUGUCUCCUGGAGAAAAGAAUAAUCUUUUUAUAAUGCGAAAGGUAUGGCACAUUCUGUCAUUUUGACUUUUAGUGAAGGGAGGGAUGAUCUUAAGAGGAUCACUGACUCUAAAACUCCCAUGAACUGAACACUGGGAGUUAACGGGAAGAAUAUGUGAAAUGAAGCACAUUUAAAACAAAGGAAUUUACAUGACUUCUCUCGUAAGGAUUUCCAAACUAAAGGGAGACAUUAUAUCAAACAUUUUCCUCCGUGGCUCGCUGGACUUCUUGACGAACUGCACUGAACAUUCCUUAUAGUCCUACGAUGAGGAAUGGAAGCUGUAGGUGUGCUGGACGAAGAAACACGUUUUCAAACAUGAUAUGUCCAAGUCUUACGUAAAGGACGAAUAGACAAAGAGCUGUUGAGGCCUGUCCGUAUUCGAAGGAUGUUUCAUUCUGCUUUUAGCUUCCUUAAAUCAUUCUACCAAGUCUUACUCUGUGGUGUUUAAAGAGCUGUUAUUGGACAGUUUGGGGUCCAUGGACAGGCUUUCUUUCUUACAUUUUUUUAAGCGUUACAUUGCCAGUUGUGCUUUUUACUGCAAUUUAUAUUUGCUGCCUGUAGUUUGAAGAACUGAAAAUCAGUGUUUUGUAAAAAGUGUUGAUUUUAUUUCUACUCAUGACUUCCUGUUAUUCUGAAUGUUCCUUUUCUUAGGUCUUUUUGUUCUAUGUUUCUAUGUACUACAGACAGUUUGGAAGAGGUGCGUUUAGAUAACUCAUUAACUGAUCCGUCCUUUAAGAAAACCAUUACAAUAAUAUAUUAAACAACGUGUAGACAAAUCCAUAACAAUCUCUACUAAUUAUUUUUUGUGUAUGGAAGACCAAGCAUUGACUUAUUGGAAAUAAAUGCACAACUAUAUAAAUAAUGUUCAUAGCAGCUAAGGAAUAUUUCACUACUACCGGGUGUUUUUAACGCGUCUGACUGACAGUUUUUAUUCCCUAAAAUACUUUUUUUAAGACAGACUUGGGUAACUGUUCAAUAUGUAUAAAACUUUGUAUUAGGGCCAUUGGAUUUUUUUAUUACGGAACAUGUAUAAGAGAAGAUUCUGAUAAUCUCUAAAAAUUGCAAAUUUACAAGAAAGAAACUUAAAUAUUGUUCCACGAAAUAUGCCAGAUGCAUGUGUUGGUGAGGAGCUUUAGCAGUAUGGACCAUGGUGAUGUCCAGCCUGUAGAUCCUAAUACGCAAAAGCCAUGACCUCAUCCAAAUCAGUUUAUUGUUUUUUAUCUGAAUAAUGUCAGUCGGGGUCCGCAUGUAAAUUUGGUCAUUCUGGACUAAAACCCUAAAUCUUUCCUAAUUGCUAAAUCCCAUUGCAAAGUGUAAUUUGAUUAGGUCAACCACUGCAGGCAGUCUACAUUGGAUGCAGGUGAAGCUACAGUAUGUGGUUAAUGUAAAGUUCAGCCUCCCCAAGCUCUAGCAUUCUCUUUUUUAACUAAAAUGUCCCCUAAUACACCGUCAUAAAUCACGACGUAAUAAUACAGUCACCUCAUAUACAGUAUGUGCAUUUCAUCAGUUUAUUUAAUUUGCCUUGGCCAAUUGUAUGUAUUUAUUAUUUAGUUUUUAUUAAGUCAAGCUUGAUCUUCCAUAUCUAAGAGGUUUUUUGUAUUUUUUUACGCAGCCAAUACCGCAAGUUAUUUUGAUCUUCCUCACAUAUUUUAGGCUGUUUCGUGCUGAAGGUAAAUUGCCUGUGCCAAGAUUUUUUUGCUUUAUUUUUAUAAAUGUUUUGCCAGACGUGUUACCACGGAGCAAAGCUGCACUUCUUUAUCUUUUAGUAAUUCUUUCCAUUCUCUCAAGACUUAAUAUGAUUAAUAAACAGACGUGCCUAUUUUCCCUGUUGCUCAAUGAUGCCACAUGUAAAAGAUGUUUCUAGUUUUCUUCAAUUUAAUUUAUUAUUCCUAUUUAUUCUAUUGCAUUUGUGGUUGCUUUUAUUUUUUCAGACAUAUAAAAUGAUAGUGGGUAUGCCCCUUCCAAUCAGAUUUUAAUCAUGUUUUGUUUUUUUAGAGCAACAGAUUUUUUUUUUACAUUAUGGGAAAUCGCGUUGAUCUCAAGAUAGUAGCAACUGUCUUGAAAUCUGAAUGAAAUAUCUUCUUUUGCAUCAUUUUUAGAAGCAGUAGAGAAACAUGAUUUGUACAGAUGCUAUUAUGUUGUACAUUCAAAAAAACAUUCUUUGCACAUUAGUGUUGCUUGUGGCUAACUUGUUUAUGCAAAGCUCGGUUCCAAUGUGUUUACCAUGUUCCUGUAGAUCAGGGGUCGGCAACCUUUUUGAUAUGGAGUGCCAUUCAAAGAAAAUUAUUUUAUCA